UUCCUCCGCACACUCUGCAGCGGUUUUGGAUUGGACGAGCGAUUGUUGUUGCUCAGAGAACCCGGAAGAAGCGCUAACCUUGACAAGCUAACACAAACACAUGUGCGACAGACUCAGAAAACAAGGAUCAGUUUCGUUUUAAUUAAAAACACCGAGAUGAGAAGAGCGGACAUUUUCCAGUAGCGGUGCCGCUUCCUUCGCUUAUCUUGUUCUCCUGCGAAAGCUACAUCUUUAAGCUAGCAAAAUGAAUGGCUAGCACUUAGCACAUCCACCUGGUUUCUUUGUGGUUUGUUGCCUCCAUGUGAGCGUCUCCUGUUUCCCCACGAUGCGGUUCCCUGUUGUCAUUGUUAGCAGAAGCUGUAAAGUUGUUCACCGGUUGAAGCAAAGUCCGUUUCUCUCGCCUGCUUCCGCUCUGUGGAGACACGAGAGCGUCUCUGUGCUGAGGGAUGUGUCCACAGAUGUCAGGAGCCACUACAUCACCACCCCCAUCUUCUACGUGAACGCUGCUCCUCACCUGGGACACCUGUACUCAGCGGUGAUGGCGGACUGCCUGCACCGGUACAAGCUGCUGCAGGGCUUCAGCUCAAAGUUUGCAACAGGCACAGAUGAACAUGGUUUGAAAAUCCAACAAGCCGCUGAAGCUGCAGGGAAAGAUCCGCUGACCUUCUGCACCGACGUGUCAGAGAGAUUCAAACAUCUCUUCAGCAGCUGCAACAUUUCGUACACAGACUACAUAAGAACCACCGAGCGGAGACACCGUCAGGCCGUGGAGCAUUUCUGGUCGGUGCUCUGGAACAAAGGGCUCAUCUAUAAAGGACAUUACGAAGGCUGGUACUCCACACAGGAUGAAAGCUUCCUCACGCCGUCGCAGCUGGGCGAUGCCGUGGACUCAUCAGGAAACCAGAUUAAAGUGUCACUGGAGAGUGGACACAAGGUGGAGUGGAUGAAAGAAGACAACUACAUGUUCCGUCUGUCUGCGUUUCGGUCUCAGCUGCUCGACUGGCUCCGAGGAAACCCCCGAGCUGUGCAGCCUGAGUGUUUCCACCAGCUCGUCCUGCAGUGGCUGCAGCACGACCUCCCUGACCUCUCGGUGUCCCGUCAGAGCAGCCGCCUGCAGUGGGGCAUCCCAGUCCCCGACGACCCCGAGCAAACCAUCUACGUGUGGCUGGACGCUCUGGUGAACUACCUCACAGUAGCUGGCUAUCCACAUAAACACCAUCAGUGGUGGAACAUGGUCCACCACAUCAUAGGAAAGGAUAUCUUAAAAUUUCACGCCAUCUACUGGCCGGCUUUCCUCCUCGGGGCUGGACUGCCGCUGCCACAGACCAUACACGUGCACUCCCACUGGACAGCGGAGGGAAAGAAGAUGUCUAAAAGUUUGGGUAACGUGGUCGAUCCUCUUCAACGCUCAGAGAUGUUCACGGCUGACGGUAUGAGGUACUUUCUCCUGCGUCAGGGUGUCCCAGACUCUGACUGCGAUUACACCGAUCUCAAGGUGUUCAAGCUGCUCAACGCAGAGCUCGCCGACUCUCUGGGAGGUCUGCUCAACCGCUGCACAGCGCCGGUUCUUAACCCAGCUCAGGUCUACCCCUCGUUCUGUCCUCAGUCCUUCCCAAGGGAACAGGGAGGCAGGGCGGUGGCUGAAGACUACCACAUGCUGGACGCAGUGAAAAACCUCCCUUCUGUGGUGGAGCGGCACUACGAGAGCAUGCACGCGUACAAAGCCCUGGAGGCCAUCGCUGCUUGUGUGAGGCAGACCAACGGGUUCGUCCAGCGCCACGCACCGUGGAAGCUGGACAAGAGGGACAGUGCAGAGCAGCGCUGGCGAGACACCAUCAUCCACGUCUCCCUCGAAUGCCUGAGGGUUUAUGGAACCCUCCUGCAGCCAGUGGUGCCAGAGAUUUCUAACAAACUCCUGUCCAGGCUCGGGGUGCAACCAGACGAGAGGAGCUGGGCCUCUCUGAACUUCUUGCCAAGGUAUCAGGGAACAGACUGUCCCUUUGAAGGCAGAGCGCUGGGAUCGGACUCAGGAGUGUUGUUUAGUCGCUUGGAAAGUCCGGAUGCAGAUAAACAUGAACCCAACAAAGCGAAAAAGGCAGCAAAAUGUAAAUAAGCAAUUGAUUUAUUUUUCCUGUGGACUGAAUCAGUAAGAAAUAAAAAAAAACCUGUGGGUCACUUUAA